GUGUGCAUGAAUUUUGGCAAAGCUUCUGUGGUGAGAGAUUCUUGUGAGGAUGUUGUUGCUGAGUGUUCAAGCUCUUUUGGUGACACAGGAUCUGACACAGAGAAUGCCUCAUUCUUCAGCGACACUGUAGUUGAAUCGCCAAUGCGUACUCAUGAUCCGUCCUCAUUGAUGUGUGAUGAUCGAAAGAAAAGGACGACAAAAGGUGUGACAAUUCACUGGAGAAGGUUCAUUCGCCCCAUUAUGUGGCGAUGUAAGUGGAUUGAGAUGCAGUUGAAGCAACUUCACUCUCAAGCAUGUAAAUAUGAGGAAGAGCUUGCAGCAUACAAUCAUACUAAGCAGCUUGAUUUUGCACACUUAAAUUUUGAUGACUCUGAUGUCAAAGCAGUCCCUAUAACGGGUCGAAUGCAUAAGAAUAAAGCUAUGAAGAGGAACAGAAGGGAAAGAGUUGAAGAGAUGUGUGAUUUAGCUUCAUACAUGUCUAACCAUAGUCUAUUCUCCUACUAUGAGAAAACAAAUUGUACUGCUGAUACUUGUUUGAAAGAUUUGAAUGAUGUUGGUAUAGGAGGUGACAAUGGUAAUAGCAAGGACUUCAUGAUGAAUCAUGUGUGGUCUUCUGUAGACCGUAGAAAUGUUGAUAAAUCCUUGAAUGACAUCAUUCAACAGAUUGAAGCUAUACAGUCACAAGUUCAGAAGUUAAAAUCCAGAACUGACACGCUUCAAUCCAAGUUUCGCAUGGGAGAUUUACUUAUGCCUGGAAAUGCAACAAGUCUUGAAGGGAUAACUACUUGUAUUGAAACCACUGAUAGGCCUGAGCUUGAUGAUCUAUGCAAAGAUGUAAGCUUUCUAUAUAAAAGUAAUUUCAAGUUUCUAUUUUUUUCUGUCAUAUAUUUGUGAUGGUUAUGAACAAGUGUAUGUGGUUAUGCUUAAUCAAAUUUGUAAAGCAAUAUAAGUAAGAGUUGGGGAAGGGUGGAAUCCGAUUUACUUAGCUUCUGUAGAGAUCAGUAGUAUGAAUUGUUAAUAAACA